AUGGGCGCAGCAGACCCCUCUUACCCUCUGUAUCCGGUCGCCUCUGUGCUGUCUUCAGCCAUGCUACUAGUGAUCCUGAUGACGAGCUUCGCGCGCCAGAACUGGAACCUCGGCGUCACCUUCUUGUGCAUCUGGCUGUUCCUAGAGAACCUCGUGCACGCGGUGAGCGCGAUUAUAUGGUCCGACAACGCCGAGGUCAAGCUCUUCGUAUACUGCGAUAUUGUUUCGCAUAUACAACUGAUCACAUACAUCGUGAAACCCGCCGCCACUCUCAUCAUCACGCGACGGCUCUACUUGAUCGCCAGCCUACAGUCUGUCGACAUGCCCAGCAAAGCAGCGAGGCGCUGGAAUGCAUGUGUGGAAUGGGGUUUGGGCCUACUACUUCCGUUGCUAGUCGCCGGUCCCUUCUAUUACAUUAACCAGGGUGCCCGAUUCGAGAUCCUUGAAGGCUUCGGAUGCUCUGCCUCCUCCUCGAGAUCGAUACUCAGCUUCCUGACGAUGGACUCUUGGACUAUCAUCCUACCUUUGGUGUCGAUGAUCAUGUACUAUCCAAGAGUGGCACGGUUGCUCUACAGGCAAAGCCGAGACAUCAAUAGCUUCCUAGGGGUCAACAACGCCGCGUUACGGGACAACUACCUACGCAUCCUCGCUCUUGCCAGCAUCGACAUCCUUCUCACUUUCCCGAUAGCAAUCGUGAACUUAGCUCUGAUCAUCAUCUCGUCGGUGGCGUCGCAGGACUCGGUACCCUUCUACUGGGGAUGGAAGCUACUGCACACGCAAUGGGGUCCAUACGGUGUUCCCUACGCGGCUCUGGAGUCAGAAGGCGCCACGUACAAAGCUCAGUCCUUCUUCUCUUACUGGUCGUCGCCAGUACUCGCCUUCGCUAUCUUUGGUCUCUUUGGCUUGACCUCAACAGCGCGGUCAUCGUACUGGAGCGUACUCUGCACCAUAUGUAGCGUGUUUGGAUGGCAUUCACCGUCACCACGUUCGAGGAAGGAUGCAUCAUUGGGAGAAAUCGAGUUCGGCUCACGGCCGCACGACUUGUCGCUCGACUUCGAGAAAGGAUCCCCCAGCAGAAGCUUCGGCCCGGGAAUGCCAAUGAUAUCCGAGGCGUCCGACAACGAAAGCAUGAAGCACGCUGUGGCCUUGGGUGGCCAUACCACUCAAGGGUCUUCUACGAGCGACGCAGAUGGGUCGCGUAAAGAGGACACUCUGCCAUUCCACGCGCUUUGA